GUCAAAAUGUCCGCCAUGUCUGUUAACGUAUCUACUGUAGCUGGCUCUCUAGAGCUUGGACAUCGUGACGGGGAAGGAAAAGAUGCUCUAUUCAGCUAUCCGCUUGGCAUGGCCUUGACAAAUAGCCGUGAUAUAAUAGUAGCAGACCACUAUAAUCAUUGUAUCCGCAAAGUGACGUUACCUAGAAGAGACGGCUUAUCCGCACGCGUAGAAACGAUUGCUGGAGUUGCUGGCCAGCCUGGCUACAGAGAUGGGACUGCAGAUCAAGCUUUGUUUAACCAACCCUCCUCAGUGGCUGUGAUAGAGGACGACACUAUCUACGUGACAGACCGGGGAAACAAGAGAAUCAGAACGGUGGAUGGGUGUGGCACAGUGAGAACAUGGGCUGGAUCAGGAAAUAAUGGAUUAGUAGAUGGGCAGGGAAUGUCUGCUACUUUUACAGAAUUAAACGAUAUUACUCAAUCAGCAAACAAAUCCAUCUUCUACAUCACUGACUACAACUGUAUUCGUACGAUAGAUUUAGUACAUGGUAAUGUCAUUACUAUUGCAGGACAAGAAGCAGAAGGUCUGAUAGAUGGUCACUCUAGUGAUGCAAAGUUUAACUGGCCGUGGCAAAUAGCAUGCAGAAGUGGAGAUAAUGAGACAUUGUAUGUUGCUGACUAUCAUAACCAUGCAGUGCGAAAAGUAUCACUCAACACUAGGGAUGUUGGAACAAUUACUGGUGGCAAAGGUAGAGGAUCUCAUGAUGGAGCAAUAGAAGAGGCCACACUAAACCAACCGCUUGGAAUUACUAUUGACAGCAAAGGUUGCAUCUUUGUGUGUGAUUAUCGAAAUCAGAAGAUUAGAAUAAUUUCCUCUACCAUGAAGACAAUGACUACUCUAGUGGGAUGUGGCGAGGAAGGUUUAGUAGAUGGCAAUGGUGAGGAAGCAAAACUAAAGUAUCCGCGUUAUCUUCUUUUGGACGAGUCAACCCAUACACUUUACUUUACACAGGAACAUUGCAUUCGCAAAGUUGAUCUCCAGCAGUAUUUUAUUCCACCACUACCAAACCUGGAUGUAUCAUUGGGUGAAGAUCUGAUGUUUCUCGUAGACAACAAGGAUUGGGCAGAUGUUGUGUUCCAAGUUGAAGGCAAACAAAUCUUUGCUUGUAAAUGUGUUCUAGUUGCUCGCAGUUCCUAUUUUUCUCGUCUCUUCUCAUCAGGAAUGAAGGAAUCCCAUCCUUCACAUGAUGGACACGUGACCACAAUUCCAAUCCAAAAUGCAAGCUAUGAUGCUUUUCAAGCUCUCAUUGUGUAUCUCGUCACAGACAAAGUGAGAGUGGAUGUGAAUGACUGGAAGAUGGUAUGUCAACUCCUCAUCCUUUCUGAUCGCUUUCUGGUUUCCAAACUGAAGAGUUACUGUGAACAGAUUGUGGCAGGACAGAUUAGAGUAGAGAAUGCAGUUGAAGUUCUGCGUUUGUCAGACACUCACAACGUUCCACUGCUGAAAGAACAAGCCGUCACAUUUAUAUGCAAUCAUAUUGAUGUGAUGAGAGAAAGGGCUGAAAUGAAGCAACUCUCAUCUUCUUUAUUUUUAGAAAUUUUUGAAAAACAACGAUUUUAACAAAAAGACAUACACGGUUGUUCUUAACAAUCCGAUUUGACAUGUUGUUGUCUUUUUAUUGUUGAAUUUACGUUUAUGCAUUUGUUGGUUAUUAGGUGUUUUUAAUAGCUACAGACAAUCAUACAUGUACUUCAGGUGAUGGCAUGUCGAUGACUGCUCCAUAUGUAUUAGUUGAUUUACAUUUGAAAACACUAGGAGUUUGUUGGU